AUGGUGUUCUUGAGGAUAAAUAAGCAAGCUUACUAUAAGACCAUUUUGGGAGGUUGUGCUUCAAUUGGAGUGAUGGCAAUUAUGAUGACUAUUUUCAUCACAAAUUUUAUUACCUUUAUAUAGAAAGAAUAGUUAAAAGUAAUUACAAUUUCAGAGUACGAUGAUAAAGUUGAUCAGAUAGCUUUCAAUAACUCUAACUUCUUAUUCGCUGUUUAGAUUGAAUAAGAUAAUUUUAUUGAAAACCCGUAUUUUAAUAUAACUUUGAAUUAAAAGUAGCCUAUAAUUAUAAUCAUAGAGUUUAUUCUCGAAGUUAAUAAGGAGAUCUUUAAAAGAGGACUGAAUCAAUAGAAUUAGUUCCAUGUACACUGGAUCGUUUUAAUUAAAUUUUUGCUGAAAACAAUGUCAAUUUCCAUUAAUAAUUUUAAUAACUUGAAUUAUAGAAUUUUCUCUGCCCAUCGUAUUGAUAUUAUUGUU